UUCAUACUAUACCUACCUGCUGUUAGACUUCAGCUCAUAUACUCAAAACACAGUGACAGAGAUGGCUCCCAAUGAAAUGACCCAGAAUGUGGUAACUCGAGUUGUCCAACUCCCAUUGGUGAGCUCAACGUAUGACAUGGUGUUAAACAUGUAUGGCAACACUAAGGAGAACCAUCCAUACAUCAAGUCAGUCUGUGAGGCUGCAGAGGUGGGAGUGAAAACAAUCACUACUGCAGCUUUUACCAGUGCUUUGCCCAUCAUUGGCAAGCUGGAACCUCAAAUCUCUAGGGUCAAUGAUCUUGCUUGUAAGGGCCUGGACAAGAUAGAGAACUCACUGCCAAUUCUUCACCAGCCUCCUGAACAGAUUGUUGCCAGUGCUAAAGGUGCUGUCACUGAAAGUGUGAACGGAGCCAAGACAAGCAUGUCUCACACUCUGGGUGAUGUGAUGGUCCGAACCAGAGGAGCGGUGCAGGAAAGCGUGGAGAAGACAAGAAUGGCAGUCAGUGAUGGGGUCGACACAGUGAUGAAAAGCAAAAUGGCAAAGAUUGUAAGCAGCAGUGUGAACACUGCCUUGAGCACUUCAGAGACUCUAGUGGAACGAUAUCUGCCUGCACCUGAGGAGAUUCAAGAACAUGAAACAAAUCUGACUAAAGGAUUUGAGCAUGAUGCAGAUGAACACAGCUACUAUGUGCGUCUGGGCUCACUCUCUACCAAGCUGAGGCAGAGAGCAUACAAGAAAGCUAUCAGCAAAGUCCUUGAUGCCAAGAAACACAGCCAAGAGUCCAUCUCCAAGCUAAACCACACCAUGGAUCUGAUUGAAUACACAAGGAAGAAUAUUGAUGGUGCAAACCAGAAGAUUUAUGAAAAGCUGAGUACAGUAAUGGACUUGAAGUCUACAUCUCAGAGUACCAUUGCGAACAACAGUGAAUCUGAUGCAGAGAUAAUCGAGUCCCGUACUCUGACCAUCGCUCGCAACCUGACCCAGCAGCUCCAGACGACUUGUGUGGCACUGGCAACCAGUCUCCAGGGGCUCCCACAGAACGUCCAAGAACAAGCAGUUUCCAUCAGCCACAUGGCUAUUGGCGUCUACACCAGGUUCAACAAGGCUGCAGCUUUGGGUGACCUGUCUGACUCAGUUCUUACCAACACUCGAGCUCAGCUGAGUCGCAUGAAAGAAUCCAUUGACAAUGUCAUGGAUUACUUGGUCAACAACACUCCACUCAAUUGGCUGGUGGGUCCAUUUUACCCACAUAUUGAGCCAACUACAAAACCUAGCAGCACGCAGUCCAGUGAAGAGAGCAGUGCCCAGCCUGAACUGGAGAUGCAGCUGAUUCUUAAGGAGAAUUAGUUCAUUACUACAAAAGAUUUACCGUACUUUUUGACUUAAGGCUUAGUCUGAGGGGAUGUUAAAAUCUACAUUCCAUGCAUUGAAAUCUCACAGUUUCUAUCAUGUAACUAUCAUUAUACUAUAUAAAUAUUCAAUUAAUCAUUUGGCUUAUUUGCAUUAAUUAGUGAACUUAAAAAUAUUGCACAACAAAAGACCAAGUCACCAAAUGUGUUUUAACUACAUAAAAUCAGUCCUUAAAAAUGAAGUGCUUGUAUUACUGUGUUACUGCCUUUCUACGUUUUUAA